AGUACAAUCAAAGAGUUGAAAAGUUUUCCGAUCCAAAAGUCUUGAAGCUUCAUAUCGCCGGAGAAAAUUACGAUUUUCUAGAGGAAUCUCGUGCUAAUCCAUCUUAUUUCAUUCGUUAAACGCUAGAAAACCACCCCGCCAAUAGUGUACGAACAAAUUCAAUCCCUUUGCAUUGCGUUCUGCAGCAAAAAACAAGCUCGCAAAAUCCGCAGGUAAUCACGUCGUGCUCCGGAACCACUUUCAAAAUGGUUGCCACCAAAGCACCCGCAGCAGCCGCAACCGGAGCAGGCCCGCAACCCGGCAACAAGCGUCGGGGCGGAUUCCACGGCGGUGCCCCGAACCGGCAGCGCUUCAAGCCCGGUGGCAAGCAGUUUAAUCCCCGGGCGAUGGGCGCGGCGGCAAUGUUUACCGUCAAUCAGCUGGACGACAAUCCGGGCUUCUUGGAUUUUAACGAGGAUGUGCAGAUCCCUCCGGUGCCGGCGCAGAAGACAAUCCCCGCGGCUGAAUCGACCACGACCGAUGUUGCGGCUACAACGAGCGAAGGAGGCAAGGCCAAGGGCGGUCCAAAUCGGAAGGCCAAUCCGAACGCAAAGCGCUUCCGCAACGGCAACAUGCGCCGAAUGCCUCCGGGCGGUCCGGGAGUGUGGGGCCCUCCGAUUCCGCCCAUGCCUCCGAUGUUCCCGAUGGGUGGCCGACGCAACGGGGGUCCGUUUGGUCCGCCUCCGCCACACUUCCGCGUCCCGCCGAUGGGAAUGCGUGGCAUGCGGGGUGGACCGAUGAUGCCGCCGCCGAACGGACGCUUCGGACCGGGACCGAUGCCGAUGAUGCCACCCCGGCCCAUGAUGCCGAUGCCGCCGAUGCGUGGCGGUCCCAUGAACUGGGGUGGCCCGAACAACUGGAACGGUCCGCCGAUGCGACGCAAUCCGAACGGAAAGCUGCCCCCGGGGGGUGGUCGCCCGGGUAAGGUUGGUCCCAAAGGUGCCGCUGCGGCGGCAGUGCGAAACGGCAAGGGACCGAAGGUGGGACUGGGCAAAAAGGGCACCAAGUCGAAGGAACCGGCGAAACCACGGGAAGAGUACCCGCUGGAUCAGCCCUGGGUCACGGACGAAAUCAAGGCGGAACAUGACAAAAAGGUCCAGCUGGCGGAUCGGUUGAAGGGCAACCGGGAUGACGCGCUGUUUGCGCAGUUCAAAGAGCAGCGGGACAAGUUUGUGAAGAUGUACGACGCGGCGAAGCUGGAGUUUAUCGGAAAGCAUCCGGAGCAGGACGUUGACAAAAUUAUGACCGAAUCCGAGGGUGCGACCACUAAACCCGAAAACUCUAGUGCUGAUGCUGUUUCUACUGAUACUUCUGCCGCCGCGACUGCUACCACUACUACUGAUACCGCUGCCGAUGCGUCUGCUUCCUCCGGAAAAGCAAAGUAAAUUUGUUUUUCAAUAUGUUUUUCUUUUUUGAGGAAGCAAACUGCAAUGUGCUGAGCUGAGCUGAGAGUUGAGUCUAAAUUUCUUAAUUUUUGCAAACAAGUCCUAAAUUUUCUAGACAACGACGAAGAGCCAAAGAAAGCAAAGCCAACAUGAAAAAUUAAAAAAACAAUUCUGGCCUGUGUCGGUUUUAAUCCAUAGCUCUUAGCAUGUGCACUACUAGUACUGGUCAAUUUUUAAGUGUUUUCUGUGCGAAAUCUCUCUCAGAUCAAAGGAUUAAAACGUGUUUAAAGUGUGCAAAAUUGAGAGCCAGUAUAAAUUUUAGCUUUGACGAAGAAAGAGAGCAUUGCGCAACUUACAAUAAACUGUAAUCAGGGAGCGAAGUUGAGAGGACUAACUGUUGUAAAAGACCAGAUUUUAACUUUAAAUAUUCUCCUUAUUUUCCUAAGUUAUUGAACAAGUCCUCGAGUAGUUUGCCCAGCUCCCUCGCUAGAGAGAAUGAUUGUAUUAUGACAGCAAGUAACUUAUUUUAACGAAUAAACAUCAUUCGCAAUGCAACUGUAGAGUGGUAAACUUUCUUAUUGUCUAUAAUUACGAAGCAACAGGCACGAGUUAUCAAUUCAGAGACAAGUCAAUGGAAGUAGUUCUUUCUGUGAAGUAGAGUUGUGCUGAAUUUAUGCUGAAAUAAAGGUAGAGAUUAAGAGAUUUGUCAAAAAAUGUUGUUUCUCUGCACGAAUCGAUCAGUCAUCAAUAAUGUGUCCAAAAAUCAUUAACUAAAGCCAACAUUAUCCACCUAAAAAUACAUUAAAAGGUGCGAAAAUUGGUUCCAGUUGAUUGAGAAGCACUUCAUCUUAAAAUGAUUGUUGACAAAUAUUUUGAGGCACUCUUGACAACUUUUUCUUUGUGUUUCUUACGUCAUUUCUUUGUUGAGUGCUUUUGGUUUGAGAAUAUCUUAGUUGUAACAAAAAGCAAGACAAUUAUCCUAUUAUUUGUGAUACAGUUUAAUCAUAGCUUAGCAAAAAUCCCAUCAAUUUGUGUAAUAUCUAACAAGUUCCGUUGAUUCAACGAAAAAAAAGAAGAGAAAAACAAAAAUCACAAAAUAUAAAUAAUGUCACUAUAAAUCAGCACAAAUAAAGUCUAGCAAAGAGAAAGAAUCUUCACAACAUCCUGGCGUACGAACCUCCCAAAUCGUUGAGGCGGGAGCGCAGUUGUCAGUCGAAACAGAUCUUGCAUCACCCCGCGCGUGUUAUAAUCACUUGUUUAUCUCACCACGAUGGUCCAUACAUACCUUCCUACCAGGAAUCGAAAACGGUUUGUGCAUUUUAAGUAUCAAAAUGCACACACCGUUUUGCCGGAAACAAAGAAACGCACCUCCACUGAACAUGUGUGUGUGUUGUGUGUAAAAACUAAACUAAAUGAAAACAAGAGCAUAACUGAAUCUAAACAAUAAUAAAUACAGAAAUUUCAUGUUGAAACAUGACGUAAACUCUUUUUUAAAUCAUAACAAUCACGCAAACUUAAACUGACAAUUUCACCGCGUGUGGACUGGAACAAAGAAAGUUGAGAACGACAGUAUAUUCUUAUCGUAUAUCAAUAUAUUAUUGAGUAACUAUAUAAA